AUGUUAGACAAAUGCAUUUGGCCGUCAUCUUCUCAAGGAUUUUCGGCAGCAAGCAUGGUGAAGGCUUUGAGACGUGCUGCAAUUACCGUGACAGCAGUAAAUAAGGGGGUUCAAUUCAAGUUUUGCUGGAAAUCAGAAGCUCCUCCAAGGGUCAAAUUUUUUAUAUGGACGGCGUUACAUAAUAGCAUCUCCUCGCUUGCUUUUCUGGCUUCUCGGGGGAUUAUUACGAAUGGGAAUGUUUUGUGUGAUAUUUGUGGGGAAGAAGAGACUAUGAAUCAUAUUUUCAUACAUUGUCUUUUUGUUAGGAAAAUAUGGUAUAUGGUUUUUCAAAACUUAGGUGUGGCGUGGGUGUUGCCUUAUACUUUUGAGGAGUUCUUAACCCAAUGGUCAGCUAUUAUUCCUUUGGGUGUGUGUACAAAGCUUUGGACCACUACAUGGAUGAUCUUUAUUUGGGAGAUAUGGAAAUGUCGGAAUAGACGUGUCUUCGACAACAAAGAGUCUUCUGUGCAUGAUAUUGUUUUUCGUAGCUUUACUACUGCGGUUUUCUAUUUUAAAUGUAAUCAUCCCUCGUUUGCUUACUCGGGAUUAGACUUGUAUAGGAAUCCGGAUAGUAUCCUCUUCUCCUAG